UUUCUACUCAGACGUAAGCCCCAUUGAGUUAAGUGGGUGUGGGACUGCUGGUAAUGUUUACUAGGAACUAAAUACCACGGAACUCGGGGAGGCUUAUCUUGAAUAAACAAUGCUCAUAGGACCGCCCGGUUAAUCAGGGGCAGGGCUGGUAAAUUGAGCUCCAGAAGGUAUUUUCACUUACUUAGAGAUCCAUCAUGAAAAGACCAAAAAAGAAAACAAUGUUUUUCCUACUCCGUUAAGUAACCAUAGUGGGCUGGAUCCAGACUGAAACUGCAAUCUUAACUUCGCUCGAAGGCUAAUGGCCUUGGAGGAGGGGGACCCUGAUGCCCUGAAACGCAAUGUGCUGCACCUGCUGCUCCAGAACCCCCUGGGGGUCAACUUUGGGGACUUUACGGGGGCCUUUUAUCAACUGCAUGGCUACCACCCUCACAUCACCCGUCAUGGGUACCACUCGCUCAGGGAGUUGGUGGCUGACAUGGAGGAUGCCGUAGUUUUGCAAGAUGAAUCACAGAACCCAGUCAUCAAGAUAGCAAACGGUUUCCAUCUUGACCAUUGGCAAGAAGGAGGAGAAGUGGUGUCUAGUUCUGAAGGGAAAGCUUGGAGCUUGACAGAUGAAGAAAGAUCGGAAGAAGAAACAGCUCUUGCAGAAGUCUUGGAGUCGCUCACCAGCCUCCUGAGCAAGUACGGGCCAGGCUUGAGGAUUAAGAAAGUGCAGGAAUUCCUUCUUGCCAAUGACGGAGUUGAUGUGGAGAAGUUCAGUAUUCAGCAAGGCUACAACGAUACACUGGAAUUUUUGGAGUAUCAAAUGCCGGAGUUAAACAUCAAAUACAAAGAGGACAGACUCAGUUGUGUGGUUCAUCUUCCUAAAGAUGUCUCUGCACCUUCUAGUUCUGCUGGUAGUGAGAACCUUGUGGAAGAACCAACGAACCAGACAUCAGGGCUAAUGGCCUUGGAGGAGGGGGACCCUGAUGCCCUGAAACGCAAUGUGCUGCACCUGCUGCUCCAGAACCCACUGGGGGUCAACUUUGGGGACUUUACGGGGGCCUUUUAUCAACUGCAUGGCUACCACCCUCACAUCACCCGUCAUGGGUACCACUCGCUCAGGGAGUUGGUGGCUGACAUGGAGGAUGCCGUAGUUUUGCAAGGUGAAUCACAGAACCCAGUCAUCAAGAUAGCAAACGGAUUCCAUCUUGACCAUUGGCAAGAAGGAGGAGAAGUGAACGGGGUGUCUAGUUCUGAAGGGGAAGCUUGGAGCUUGACAGAUGAAGAAAGAUCGGAAGAAGAAACAGCUCUUGCAGAAGUCUUGGAGUCGCUCACCAGCCUCCUGAGCAAGUACGGGCCAGGCUUGAGGAUUAAGAAAGUGCAGGAAUUCCUUCUUGCCAAUGACGUUGAUGUGGAGAAGUUCAGUAUUCAGCAAGGCUACAACGAUACACUGGAAUUUUUGGAGUAUCAAAUGCCGGAGUUAAACAUCAAAUACAAAGAGGACAGACUCAGUUGUGUGGUUCAUCUUCCUAAAGAUGUCUCUGCACCUUCUAGUUCUGCUGGUAGUGAGAACCUUGUGGAAGAACCAACGAACCAGACAUCAGACCUAUUAGUUGCCUUGGAGCCAAUUCGGAACGUCCUUGACUGCCACCCUGAAGGUCUGAAGAUGAAGAAGCUAAAAAAGGACCUGAAAGAGAAACAUGGAUUUGACCUGGAGAUGUUCUGCUUGGAGCUGGGCUAUAAGGAUGUGAUGUCCUGCCUGCGGGAUAUUCCUGGGUUGAUUCUCCAAAAUGGCAAUAAGACCCGGAAUUGUGUUGUCCAGCUUGAAUCACGUUGCUCUAGCCCUGCUCCUUCCCUGGACACUGAUUUCUCUGUAUGCAGCUCAAAUACCACAGCCCAGGAGCUAACAAGAAAGAAGUCCGGUACCUCCAGCCCUACUCCUUCUCUUGACUCUGGUUUCUCUGCCUGUAACUCAAAUGCUGUGCCCCCAAGUCUGAUCGGAAAGAAAUCUGACCUGGCAGCUGCCUUGGUGCCAAUCCUAGAUGUUCUUGGAGGACACCCCCUUGGUCUAAAUUUAAAGGCACUGAAGGAGAUCCUGGAGAAAAAACAUGGAUUUGAUUUGGAGAGUUUCAGUCGAUAUCUGGGAUAUGAAGAUGUCAUGUCCUGCCUCCUGGAUGUCCCAGGGCUUCGUUUUGCUUUCACAAAUGGUGAGGGCCCCCACAAUUGUGUGGUUCAGCUUCUUUCGGGUAGCCUUGGUCUUUCCUCCGUUCCUCUUCAUGCUGGUUCCUCUUUGACCCACUGGAAGACAGAGGUUUAUCCAAAGAUCCCGUCUCAGGAGUUAACGGAAACAAAGCCAGCUUCCUGCAUUUCCACUAUGUCCCAGUCCAGUGCUUCUGUCUCCUUAGACUUGGAACAGUCUGCCAGCAAAUCAAAAACCCUGAAGCAAAACGUGCUUGGAAAGAAGCCUGUGCUGACAGAAGUCUUGGCAUUACUCACCAGUCUCUUAACCAUGUACAGUGAAGGACUAAGAGUUAAGAAAGUUCAGGAGCUCCUGCUGGCUACAGAAAAAUUUGAUCUGGAAAAGUUCAGCAUAUCCCAAGGCUGCAAGGACACACUGGAAUUUUUGGAGCGUCAAAUGCCUACGUUUAACAUCAGAUACCGAGAGAACAGACUUAAAUGCGUUGUUCAUGUUGGAUCAGAAUUUGGUUGGAUCUCUAAGCCUUCUUUCACUAUCUGUGAUUCCUCUGUGAAUAAAUCACAGAUUCGGAGCCUGCCUGCUCCGGCUGCUUUAGUGUCUCCACCACUAUAUGAUGGGCUCCACACAAACUUGUGUGUCCCAACUACCACAUUUCCAAACUCUCCAUCGUCUCAGGAGCCUCGCAGCACUUUGUCAGGUAAGGCCAAGGAUUCCUCCCAGCCUCUUGCCAGCAUUCAUCCCCAGCAGCCAAGGGCAUGCCAGUCUGGUGGGCCAUUGUCAUUUGAAAAGGAGCAGCAUCUGCUCAGUGCCCAGCUGCCAAGAAAAUCCAACUUGACCAACGUCCAGCCCUCUAAGGACCUGGAGGAACUGAAACAUCAGGUGGCCCACAUCCUGGCCUUGCAUCCUGAGGGCUUGUCACUCUUCCAGUUUCGUGCCGCCUACAGCACUGCCUAUCAGCAGCACCUGCCACUGGGCAAUGCUUCCUCUGCUAAACAACGCCUGCAGGAGAUGCCUGAUACUGUUUGUCUGAAGGGCUAUGGGGUCCAAACAUUGCUACUGCCUGUAUCCUCUAAAGUGUUGCCUGUAAAAUCUGAUCAGCCUGUCUCUUCCAAAGUAGAAAAUGCUGCAGUGGUUCCUGGUCACUCACUGCCUCAAAGUGUGGCAGUGGCUGAACCAAUAAUAGUUCUCAAGCCUUCCCCUCUUCCUAAGGCACCAGGGCCACCACAGCCCCACCCCAUUUCAGACCAUCUCAAAGAGCUAGGUGACAAGGACUGCUGCAUUCUAUCCAAGGGUCAAGCUCCGAGAAUGCCAAAAAUGGUACCUUCUCUGCAAGAGCAUGGGAGGGCCACAGCCGAUUUACAGGAACUUUCAGGCCAGGCUGAUUUGUCUCAAGUGGAAGAACCUGCAGGUGUCCUUGGCCCCUCUUCACCUAAAAUCAAGCCAGUGGUUCUCAAGUCUUGUCUUAAGUCUGGACUUCCCAAGGCUGCGAUGUUGCCUGUCCCUCAGCCCUGUCUCUCUCUCCUCCAAUCUGCUGAACAACUUGGAUCACGGGGCAGCAAGGAAAGUAGUCCUUCUCUUGGGCCUCCACUCCAGAAAACACCAAAACCAGUAGCUCCUAUACAAGAGCAUGUGAGGAUGAGGCCCAAGCCAGUCGGCAGUCCCAAGUCUCCUGUAUUUCCUGCAGAUUCCCAGACCACAGGAUGGGGUGAGAAUUUGAAAUCUGACAGCCUUGGCUCAAAGCCUGCACACCUGGCUAACCCUUGGUUUUCUAACCAUAGUGUACCACCUCCCUCCCACUCUCAGACUGUCUCUGCCAGUUCAGGAGCAUGGUCACGGCCUGUCACAUUUGUUCCCUCGAAUUCUUCUCUCUAUCCAGCAAUAUUUGUACCAGAUUCUGUAAAAGCCAGUGGGAUCCAGUUUCCAAAGAUUGCACCACGCACCCCAUCUGCCCAGUCUGUGUCUCCAGGCAGACUAGCUGAGCAAGUGUCUCCCACCCAAAUUCCUCAACGGAGGCCCCAUGUUUCUGCAGUAUCAAAACUUGAUCCCUUUUCUCAGAAGAAAGUACCAUCCAGAACCAUAGGGUGCCCCCACAGCCCAGCUCUUGCCUUCUCUGCAGUAUCGCUACCUUCUCAAAACCCAGCCUCACUCCACCCAACCCAAUCCCAGGCUGUCCACGAAUCAGAAUAUUACCACCAUUUAUGGUUAGAUGGUCUGCAGCACAGUUCUGUUCCUGUAAAAGAUAAGAGCCCUGUGAUCCCAUCUUUGGACAAAGUACCUUCUAAGCCUCUAGCAUCCACAUAUUGGGGGCCAUGCGAUGAUGCAAACUCUCCUGUAACCUCCCCAGGCACACUGUUGCUCAGUUCACAAUCUGCUUCCACCAAUGCAACACAGCCAUCGUCUUACGCUACCUACACUCACAGCAGUAAUUCAGAUGUUCUGCCCUCUGAAUCUUCAGCCAUUUUGCAUCAGCGACAAGACGUCAGUGUGAACUCUGCCAUAAGGUCUUCGAGCACACGACCGGCAAGCUCACCACUUUCCCCUCUGGAAACCACCACCACCCCAUCACAGCAGCCCUUCUAUACCUCUUCUCGAAUCAGUAGUAAUUCCAGUGCUCUGCUUUCUGAGCCUAGGGCUCUUAUGCAUCAGCGACAAUAUGUUAGUGUGAGCUCCUCUGUAACCUUAAGCACGUGGCCAGAAAAAAGCUCACCACCUUCUCCUUUGGAAACCACUUCCACCCCAUCCCGGAAGCCCUCGUAUACCACCGCUCGAAUCAACAGUAAUUCUGAUGCUGCGCCUUCUGAGCCUCGGGCCAUCAUGUAUCAGCGACAAUAUGCUAUCAGGAGCUCCUCCACUCCAUUCCAUCAGUCCUAUGCUUUCCACGGCAAUAGGGAUUAUGGUUCUCCUAGCCAAAAUAAUCUUCCCACAGAAGCUGGAAAGCAGGACAGUCCUUCUGUCUCUUUGACAAGAAAACAAAUGCCUUAUUCGUCUCCUCCCCAGAAUAGCCGUCCUCCCAAAAACGAUAAUAAAUGCAUUAUCUUAUAAUAGCAAGCAUUAAGGAAAUGUUCUGUGAAAUUGUUUGCACAUCAAAAAAUUUUUUUGGGGGGUGGCAUGGCAGAUGUGGGUUCUGAAUGCAUACACUCAACACAAGCAAGAGCCCCCUGUGCCCAGCCAACCUUAAUUGACCACCUAAUACAUCCCAGGUGUAGGGAAUUUUGGCUUGUGCCUGGAUGUUGGCAUUCCAUUCAUGGGAGUAUUGCAGUGUUAACUCAUGAAACUCCAUUCAGUGGUGUAGUUUUCUCUCUGUUUCCUGUGCUAAAGCAUAAAAAGGAAGUGCAGGAAGAUCUUAUGGGGACAGACUGGUCUUGAAUCCCAAACUGAUAAUAAGCUAAAGCAGGUUUGUUUUAUGAAUGAGGACCUAUAGUCAGGUUGGUGUGUAUACUUUGCUAAGCCAACAUGAUGUAAUACUCUAAAGUGUCACACUAGGUUCAAGUUGCCACUGAACUAUGAAGACUUGGUUCAAACUGCCCUUCAGGUACGAAGCUCAGUGGAAGAUCUUGGCCCAGUCCCUCUCUCUGUCUAACUUGCCUCGCAAUGUUGUUUUGAGGAUUUUUCUUAUAUAUUGCCAUGAACUUGUAGGAAAGGCAAAGUAAAAAUGUAAUAACAGAAGUAAUUUAUGCUUAAAGAGGAUCAAUUCUGUGACUACAUUAUGCAUAUAAAGCAAAUUGCACAUAAUCACCUACUUUGCAUAAUUUAUCUGUUCAUGGUGAAGGGCAAGCAGCAGAGUACUGAUUCCUUACAAGCCUAGUCAGCAGCUCCUUUCAGGCUUCUUGGGAUGUUUAUUGGGCAUGGACUACACCCUUCCCGUGUGAUCAUUGCAGCAAUAUGGACUAUAAACAUUUUAAGAAACCACUUGAGAUUUUCAGGGUACAAAGUGGGAUCUUCAAUACACAGUUUUAGCUGAAAGGCAUGCCUAAUGGAACUCAUUAAAAAAGCCUGUUGCAUAAACCAAAGGGUGAGUAGCAUCAAACACACUAGUCACUGAAAGGAAUUGGUGGUUGUGUAGCAUCUAAUGCUUGUUUUUAAUCACUGAAGAAAUUUGAAAUAGUUGCAUGAGCUAUAAAUGAGAAGUCUCUUGGACUGUAGAUCUGAAAAGACAGUGUGGAUUAUUCUAUUCCAGAGGAUCCAGUGGUAAUGAAAUAACUGAUACUGCUCUUGUUAGCAAAGGCUGUCUUGGUUAUUAAGUGGUGUGGUAAUGAUGCCCCUUCUGAGGCAAGGUUUGCUAUGCCUUUUUAAUGGAGAAAUUGACCUAUCAAAGAUUGGUGUAUACUGGAAAUAUUUAGGAAAUCUCGAUUCCAACUUGUAAUUCCAUCUAGAUAAACCACUUUUAAGCAUGGCAAGGCCAUCCCAAUAAUUUGUUUUGUAUUUUACUGGUCACUGUGAUGUCUAUUAGAGCAAUUGUUUUUGGCUUUGCUCUAUAAUUUUUGUUAUAAUCGUUACUGGAUUCAUUUGUCUCAAACUCAGGAAUUAAUUGCCCUCCCCCUUUACAAUUAUUUGCAAUUAUUGUAUUGCAAACUGAAAUCUUAUAUUUGUUAGCCUGUGGAUUUUUUUUGUUGCUUCCUAAAUUAUAAUAAAGCUGCUUGUUUUUGACAGAAAAUAAAUGUCAUCUUUGGCUUAG